AUGUUGUUACUCGAGUUCUUGGCGAAGAGCAUCAAAGAAGAGUUCUCUUUUAGUCUGUUUCUCAGCGCCAGGACGACAAUGCUAAGUGGAGAGAGGAUGCUUGGAGCUGAAGCAACAAUUAUCAACAGAACCUUAGGCUUCAAGCAACAGCGGAGGUUUAACAAUUCUCGGGGAAACAACACGGCCUCAGUGACGACGAAGGUAGCACGAGUUGCUUACCACAAUGACGACUUAGGAGAAACCAUGGCGACCUGGAGCAGUGACGUCGGCAGGGAUACAGAUCGGGCCAGAGGUGAUACGGUGGUGCUCUCGUUUACUUGCGCAACAAGCAAGGUGCUUGCUCGGCGUGGAUCUCUCAGACGAGCUCAACAGCGAUCACACUCAAGAACCAGUGGUGAUAAAGGUCGUCUUUGGAGCAACGUGGAUCGAUGGCGCGACAGAGGUGGCGUCGGUGAACGGAGACGGCGACUCCAUUUCUUCGG